UACUCAUUGGUAGAAAUAUCUUCGUAAUGGCGACUCCACUGCCAAGUAUUGUCAUUCUUAUUGUUUAAUGAUAAUUUCUCAUCAUAUAGUACUUUACGUGCAAGAUGGCGGAACGGAGUCAACAAGAUUUUAAUAGGAGUGCAUUGACAGUACGACGUGGGCGGGCCUGGUAUACGGGACAACGAGCAGAAAAGAUACCCGGAGGAUUAGUGGGUGUCGUUGGUAAUGAUUGUACGAGUUUAGAUUUGUCAUAUAAUGAACUAACCUCUAUCAGCUCUGUUAAACACUUCUGCAGACUACAGGAAUUGAUACUCGACAAUAAUAAAUUGCGGGACUUAAAGACGUUACCUUGUAUACCAAGUUUGACCACACUCAGUAUAAAUAAUAACAAGAUAACAGACAUAGACCACGCGUUGAGAAGGAUACAGGAAUGUUGUCCAAAUGUGGUGUAUGUAAGCCUGCUUGGCAAUCCAGGAUGUCCCGAUCAGUUGACUAAUCCAACGUCAACCGACGACGAGGAUUAUAAUCGUUACAGGCUGUACGCGAUAUACGUAUUACCUUCGACUCUUCGCUUUCUUGAUUCACGUCCCGUAACGCGACAUGAACGAAACGAUGCCGAAAGACGAGGUAAAUUCUCAAGGACUGUGAAAUUGGCCCCAGAAUUGUCACCGAAAUUCUUUCCGAAUGCGAUGGAAGAGUUAGACGAUAUCUUCUUCAAUGUUCAUUAUACGCCUUUGCCAAGGUCAAUUCGCGAUCCUCUUGAUCACAAAGGAGCAUUUGGAAAGUGUAAAUACCGUUACUCAGGAAAAAAUUCGGAAGGAAAUCGGUUUAUUUCAAAUAACGAUCUUUGAAUUCCCAUUUAGUGAUAACGAAGAAAGGUAAUGAAAGCGACUAAACAAAAAAGGAAACGAAAGUAACGAAAACGUACAAGAAGGAUACAGUGGUACAAAGAAAAAUUACUCGAAGAAAAUUGUAUAAAGUAUGAUCUUUCAUAUCUACAGCAAUCUAAACAAAAGAGAAACAUAGUUCGAAACAAUACCUACAAAGUAACAUAUCAAAA